AUGGCGGACAACUCGCAGAAACCCUCACAGGAUGAGAAAAUCCAAGAGAUGCGUCGCCAAGUGGAUGAGGUCAAAACUGUCAUGGCUUCCAAUGUAGCUUCGAUUAUGGAACGUGGAGAACGAUUGGAUAGUAUUGAAAGACGCACAGACGAGCUCCAAGCUUCGGUACGAUGA